CAUGGGACACGUUGCCUCACCGCAACUGAAAGGAAAGUGCACGUUGAAGACACAACAGUUUUGCGCCACCACCAGUGUGGCAGUGUGGCAGCCCUCGCGUGAGUCAAGCGACUGUGCUCGCUGAUUGAAAAUGUCCAUCGUGCUGUACCAACUGAACGCAAGUCCCCCAUGCAGGGCGGUUCGCAUUGUCGCAAGGUUGAUUGGGAUUGUCCUUGAGCUGAAAGACGUCAAUGUUACAGCCAAAGAACACAUGAAAGAAGAUUUUCUCAAGCUGAACCCUAUGCAUACAAUACCCACUCUGCAAGAUGACACCUUCGUGCUGUGGGAAAGCCGUGCAAUCAUGCGCUACCUGGUUGACAUGUAUGCGCCUGACCACUCACUCUACCCUAAGGACGUCCGUAAGAGAGCACUGAUAGACCAGUUCCUGGAUUAUGACCUGGGCACAUUCUAUCGCAGCAUCGCCGAUUACUUUUACUCCUACCUCCUCAAAGGCGAACCCAAAAGUGUGCAGAAAGAAGAGACCUUUCGCAACAGCCUACGCUCUGUGGAUACCCUUCUUGGAGACAAGCCGAGGCGUUUCCUCACAGGACCACAGAUGACGUUGGCUGACGUGGCGCUCAUGGAGUCUCUCACUCUUCCUGAGACGCUGAAUUAUGACCUUUCGUCUUUUCCAAGUGUCAAGGCAUGGUACGAGUGGAUGGAAGCCAGGUUGUCCACGGUGAACGAAAUCAAUGUGGAAGGCAUUGAACAGUUCCGGGCAUGCAUCGGAAUGGAGUGAGAGCCCGAACUUGAAGAUUUUCUAAGGCAAAUUUUUAGCUGUUGUUUCGAAAAGUGUUCAAAUAAAGUUGUGAGAAGUUGUGUAGUUUGCUAAAAA